AUUCAUUAAAGGGAGGGGAGGGCAGUUUGAAAACGGCAAAUAGGCGCCUCCCUGUUUCCCUCGCGGACAUCACGUGAGCAAGGAGGGCUUGGUGGGGUCCAACAACCGAGGGAGGGCGGAGAAGGAGAAGCCGGACUCAGGCGAUGCCGUCGGGCGGCUUGUGGCAGCGACGAUGCCAUGGCGGACCAAGCGAAGGAGUCAAGAGGGGAUCCCGCGCUGAAGGCUAGCGGUCGGAAUCGUCAAGAGAGGCGCCGCCAACGGUCCGUGGGGGCCUAUGGCUACGUCGGGGGAACUGGACCAGGACACGGUGCUCCGGUUCCUGGCAGAGCGCGGAGGCCGGACUCGCAACGCCGACCUGUUGGAGCAUUUCCGUGGCUUCCUCAUCUCGCCGGAUCCCGAAAGUCGCGGCCGGGCCCGCGAGCACUUUAAGGAGCUGGUCAACGCCGUAGCCACGGUGCGGCAGGAGCCCGGCUCUGGGACCAAGUAUGUGCAGUUGCGCAAGAAGUAUCUCCGCACUGCCGGCAGUUGCAAAUCCGAAGCAACGGCGGCGGCGGCCUCUACAGCCGAGAACGGCUCCGGGACUGUCGGGCACCCCCAGGACACGCCUCGUCCCCCUGGCGCUCCUCACGGCGAAGGCGACGGCGGGGACAGCCAGGAUGGAGGAGCGGCCCUCGAAGAGAAAGCCGGCGCCGAACCGCUGAAGGGAGAAAGAGUGGCGAGAGGGGAUCCGUCUGCCGCCUCUGGAGAGCUGCCGCCCGAGGAGAGCGACGCCGCCGCCGCCACCUCAGCCUCAGAAGCACCGCCGGAGGCGCUUUCACCCCGAAUCCCCCAGGCACCUCUGGCGAGCCCAGACAGCCCGGGAGAAGGAGGCGGCGGCGGCUGCCGGGAGGAAGAGCAGAGCAGCCCGCGGCGCCUGGAGGCCGUACCGAAGCCCUCGGGCGAUGCCGUGCCUGAAGAGAAGCCUGGCGGAGGCACCGUUGAGGCCCUGCUCGAAGAUGACUCGCCGUCCUCCGCGAGCCCGGCUGUCGGCGCCCCGGCGGGCGGAGCCUCUGCCGGCGCCAACACACCCAGGUGUGGGCAUAAAAUCUUCCGGGAGCGGAUGCUGGGCAGUUCCCCUCAGCAGAAGCGCGGCGGGCUCCUGCACCGCGGCGGCAGCGGAGGGAGCCGCGGCGGGGACUCGGACAGCGGCUCCCUGGCGUCUUCGUCGGCCGAGGACGAGAGCGGCGGCGGCGGGGGCUCGGUGGCCUUGGAUCCGUUGGAGCACGCGUGGAUGUUGUGCGCUUCGGACGGACGCUGGGAAAGCCUGGAGAGUUUGCUGAGCUGCGAGCCGGCGCUGUUGCCCAAGCGCGAUUUCAUCACGGGCUUCACGUGCCUGCACUGGGCUGCCAAGCUGGGCCAUCCCGAACUGCUGGCCAGGCUGGUCAACUUCGCCCACCGGCAGUGCCUGCCCAUCGACAUUAACGCGCGCACGAGCGGCGGCUAUACCGCGCUGCACCUGGCCGCCAUGCACGGCCACUUGGAAGUGGUGAAGCUGCUGGUGGGCGCCUACGACGCCGAUAUUGAUAUUCGGGAUUACAGCGGCCGCAAGGCCUCGCACUACCUGAGCCGGGGCACCGCCGAGGAGGUACGCAACCUCGUAGGGGCUCUGCAGGAUGAGGUCGACAGUGGGGCAUCCAAUGGCAACAGCCGCUGGAGACUUUCCAGGGUGCUCCCCUCUAACCUCAUUACUUACAAGCUUUCCCACCAUCACCAUGGGGAUGAAAGGGAAUCGGGAGAGGGGUCGGCAGCAGCCAACAAGAGCAAAGAGCUCAGUAGAAAAAUCUCUGGCAGUGGUAGGAUAAAACCCCGACUCAACAAAAUCCGAUUCCAUACUCAAAUCAUCCAUACUACCCCUUCUUUCAGGGGGGAUGCAGAAGAAGAGGAAAAGUCCCUGAAAGCUUCCUUCAAGCUCAGACCUAAAUCCAACAUAUUUGGUUAAAAGAACAAAUGUGUCCUUUGUUAUGAUGGUUUUAAAAUCAACCCUAAAGGUGAUGCCUUUAGUUUCUAAGCAGGCUUAAACAGAAUAAAUAUUUUGAUUUGGAAUUUGAUUUUUAGGUUAGAUAUAUUUUAGGGCUUCAUAUUCAGUGGUUAAUUGAACCAAAAUUUAAAACUUUUUAAAGUUUUAUAUUGGCUACAUAGAUCUGCUGUUUCUCCAGUGUAAGCGAUAUCUAUUGAAACAUUAAAUUUCUGGGCUCUUAUCAAAUUAAAUUUGCAUAUGGUAGGGCUUGCAAGGAGGAAAACUACUUAUUAAAAUUCAUCACACAUAGAAACUUAUAAUGGGGAGAAGAUAAUGCUUUAACUUUUCUUCAUGAUUUUUAUUUUUGUCAAAGUAUUCAACAUACUUAUUUUUAAAAAAGCCAAAUGAAACAUUACACAUUUGCAGAGGAAAAGGAAUUUAGAAUUUGCACUGGAUGAACAGGCAGGUGUGAUUGUUUUACUGAUUGCCAUGCAAGGCAAUUUCAAGAUUAGCCUAGUCAGAUUCCAAUUGAACCAGGUGAUUAAACCUGCUUAGGGAGUAUAUGUGCAGGAAGAAAUGGGACAAGGGGACAGUUAACCAUUCUUACGGUCCUUUCCAAGUGUUCUCUGUCACCUCUCAUGCACAUUAACAUGGCAAGGCAACCCGUGCUUCCUUUCCUUUUUUUGUCAGAAAAGACAUGGAUUAAGAUAUAUAUAUUGGGAAAUCCAUAUAAAAUGCUAUAUGAUAACUGUGAUAUAGGCUGUAUUAGUUAUCCAAAAUAUGUAAACUUGAUGGCAAUUGUGCCAUUGACUUAAAGAAUAUUCAUUGCACCUAAUUUGUAAGAUUAUAGUUUUCUGAUGGUACUUUUGAGCUCUGACCUUUGACUGAUUUAUUUACUGAGUGCAAUGCCUUUGGGGAUGAGAUACUAACAGAUAACGUUGAUUUGGUUUUGUUGUGAGACAAGACAUUGAUCAACUGUUACCCUAUACCUGAAAACUAUUUAAUUUGAAAAAUAAUUUAAACAUUCCUCUUGAAUGAUUACAGUAGAGCAAUGGUAAUGAGCAUGUAGCACAACUUUUUAUGUUGUCAUUUCUGUAAACAAUAUAGUCAUUUGGAUAAGCUGUCCUGAAUAUUAGUUCUAGUGUUUUGCCAUUACUUUGUUCAAUAUGAAAUGGGAGUUUAGAAUGUAAGAAUAAUCUUAAAACCUUAAGUAGAUCUCUUAGUAUUUUGGAACAUUGCCGAUUCAGAGAUCAGGAGACCAUAGAACAGGGGUGUCAAAGGCCAGAUGCGUCACAUGGAAGCCGCACCCACCCCAUUGCUGGCAAUGGCAAAACUGUCCUGAUAACAUCACAUGACAUCACGUGACAUCGUGAGUUUGACAUGUCUGCAAUAGAAGAUGGUCUAGUGAAAUGAAAUGCCAUUAAAUAUAGUGCUUAGCUUAUAAAUAUGUAUAUAAAUAUUGCUACAGAUAAAGUCAAGCAGUUCCACAAGAAUCCAUAUUUAUAUCACUGGAAAUGAAAUGUAAAUUAUAUGGGUGUAUGCUUAUCCAAUCUGAUAUAUAAGAUACAGAAAUCAAAAAGCAUGUGAUUCAUUUGCUGAUGCAUGUUACAGAAUGUUGGAGAAUCUUUUCAUUGCUUACAUUUUGCUUUACAAUUCUUUUUUUUUUAAAGUGAACAAACCUGUGAUUUUUAAAAAGCACAGAAUUCUUUAUAGUGUGAAAAUUAAACACAUUUUUUACUUUAAUAGUAAUAGUGUCUGGAAAGUUAGUAAUAUUUUUAAAAAUAUUUGUUCCAAAUGUAGUGAUUUUUAUUAAAUAUGUACUAGCACUUUUUCUUCAAAGAGUAUCUGGGCUGGUCCUCAGAUGCUGCUUAUGUAACUAUUAACAAUUCAAUGCUGCCAAAUAAAUGCAGAACUAGCUAAAGAAUGUUUCCAAAUUAGUUUUCAAAUAUUUUGGAAAUGAUAGUUUUAUACUGAUUUAAAGGCAGAUUGUAGUUCAGAAACAAUAGUUACUACUGUUGUUUUAAAUAUAUUACAAUAUCACAAUUACCAUAAAUUGAAAAAUUGUAUAAAAAAUAAAAGUGUAUAGCUGUCCCUUCUGUCAUUACAACUAUCUUUUUGAACGUUAAACGUCAUCUAAUGAUCAUGUAUUGGUAAUGAAACUUUAUUUUAAUUUUCAGCACUGUAGGCAGCUAUCUAUACCCAACUAAUGUAUAGAGUAUAAUUUCUACCUGGAAAUUGGAAAAAAUUGUAAUGUUAUCUUUUUUUAUAUUCUUGUCAGAAACACGAGAGGAGUUUGACAAAAGUUGUAAUGAUAUCCUUAUUGAAAUAUAUAAUAGGGUCUAAAAACUUUGCUGAAAAGAACUAAAUUGCAAAGAAUUGCUUACUGUACAAUUGUUACACUACUUUGGUACUUUUUUAUAUACACAACUAAAACAUGCAAAUGUGUUUUCAAUUUUAGUUUAUAAGCUAUAAUUACAGGUGCCUUUGUUAACCAUUGCAAACUACAAAGAAAAGAGUUUAUUGAGGAUUUCUCUUAUUUCAGUAGGUUGAAGGCCACUAGUGUCUUACCAACAUACUAUUUGUAGCAAAAUAAAUAUUCCAAAGUGUCAUUCUGCGUUAUAGCACUAAAGGUUUUAUAAUUUUAGCAAAGAUUAUAUAAGGGUUAAAAAUUUUGUGGUGCAGAAUAGUGUCUGAAGCCCAAUAUUAUAAAUCUUACUAAAAGAGCAUGAAAAAGUUUAACUUUAUUUGAGAUCUCAAAGACCACAAUACUCUCUCCUCCCCAUCCUUUCUAAAGUGUUUGCUCUGUAACAUAUUUAAAUUGCUCUCUGUCAUAUUUAUAACUGAGAUUGUAUUUUUGUACAUGUGUAUUUAAAUGUUCAUCUGAAACUUAGGUCUAAACAAUCCAUCUGAGAAUCACAGAAAAUAUUUUGAAUGUAUUCCUCAAACAACUGAAACUUGUUAUCAAUGCAUCAAUUUCAGAAAUUUUAGGCACUAUUUUCUGUGUCACAAACUAGUAAUAGAGGUACAAGAAUAUGUAAAUAGUAUUUGACAUUGGAGCACAAUGUAAAUUUUGAAAACUUACAGAAGGUGUAAUACUUUAAUUCUAAAUACUAAAAACUAAUGUCUUGUGUAUAGGUUGCAUUUUCACAACUACAGGUAGGUGUACAUGAGAAAUUAAGGUCUGCAAAUUGUAGAAAUAUAUGAAGAAUAAAUUUUGAUAAUACAAAAUUCAA